GUGUGUGUGUGUGUGUAAUGAUGCCGUACAGGCCAAUUAAGUGCUCGGUUUAUAUUCAGUGGUUCAUGUGCAUCUCUCUGCGUGUGUGCGUGUCAGGGGACUCGAUCUCUUCCACUUGUUGACACGGUAUUGGUUGUCAGUUUGGUUUAGUAAAGAAAGUGGCCGUUUAGCGUGAGGCAAUAGGUUAUUUAUAUCUGUGUGUAAUGAACACCAAGCACCUUGGACCCUCCAGUAAAAUACCAGAACCAGCAGAAAUGUUGUCCCUCGAUCGGGAAACCACAAUUUCAUGAAGCAGUCGUAGGCCUACGUUCCUCCACAGGUGCUGAGACAGUUAGCUUUAGCGACGAAGCGUCAACAGCUAGCCGCCUGGUUUUAUAAAUAGUUGCACAGGCUGUUUGUUUCAUCCGACUGACACUCGACACCAGGGGUUCUUUGAAGCCUGCAUGCUAACCCAAGCCCUCGGUUUGUUCCCAAUGGUGGACCCUCGCUCUGGGACCAGUCCGCUAUUUCGGUCUGGACUCCGGCACCGAGUUCCGGUGGCCGCUUCUGUGAUCCGCCGCUCGGAGGCCCCACAGUGGACAAUACAAAGUUUUGUUUUUGCUGUUUUUUGUGUUUAUUUGGAAGUAACGGACUGGCCUCAAGACUCGUGGUUAGUUUGCUAGCAGAUUAAAGUUCCCAAGGCCUGUUUAAAAGGAUACCUUUUUUAGGAUUUAAAAAAAAUGGAAGAGUGGAGGGACAUCACAGAUUUCAACAGUUCAAGUUUUCCGAACAGACGACGCCCGAGAUCUACAAUGUCUUAGGAAAACCCCAGCAGCUUCCCGCACCAAGCCACUGCCCCUGUCUGCAGCGUGCACAUCCCACCGCGACAUUCGCCUGGACUUUGGCGACCUGUGUGCAAAGGGUUGAAUUCGCAUGAAUGACUUGUUGCCGACCCCGGGGACCGUGAUCUGUGCGUUGGCAUCAUGAACUCGGUGGAGAAGCGCCACUCGGGUCGGCGGAGCAGCGGCCACCGGAAGCACAGCGACGGCGGCUACAGCGACAGCUCCAGUGCCGGGUCGUUCCCGGACGAGACGGACCGCGAGGUCAGUAACCUGACGGACCGCGCCUUCAGGAGUCUGUGCAUCGGAGACGAGGCCGUCUACAACGACUCAGACCUCUCGGCCGCCUCGCCCUCCGGGCGGACAGAGAGACAGCAGGCCUUCUGCCAGGGCGGCCGGGGCUGGAAGAGGGAGGACGCCAAGAGAGCGGCCCAGGAGCGCUACGGCCUGGAGUGGCUGCCUGGAGCCGAGAGCCAGGGGGACCCAGGUUGGGCGGGAACCCUGGACGGGAGGACGGGGGGGCGGGUGUCUGAAACGUUCCAGCAUGCCCUCAUGGAUGGGUCACUUCACCAGAGGUCUCUGAACAGAGAGCCGGUGUCUCCUCUUAGCAACGGAGCGCCGGAGUUCAGCACCCAGGAGCGCCGCAGUCGCUCCAGAGUCUCCUCUCUCAUCAAGGCCUUUAACUCCGACGGCGUCAGGGAUGGAGGGAACGAGGGAAACUGGGAUAGGUCGGCUCUGAUGAGCAUCCAGAGGGACGUUUCAGAGAUUUCUACAGCCUAUGGCCAAAACGUGAACAGCACCCCCUUCUCUCCCUCCGGCCCGUGUUCCUCACAGGCGAGCUUCUACUCCUCCCAGGUCGCCACGGCUCACCUCGACUCCUCCUCGUCCUCUUCCUUCAUGAGGUCCUCCCACAGUCAGCACAGUGUGACCUCCCUGUACAGCUCCAGCGUCCCCAACGUCUUCAUCCACAGCGAGUACAGCCCGUUCAGGGUGUGGCGGCGGACGCACGACCGCUACCCCUACCAGCACGGGGACGUCUCCGGGUACAUGGACCGCUCGGGUUUCCAGACGUGGUACGAGACACCUCUGUACAAGGAGCUAUCUCUAGGACCGGAAACACAGCGCGUGCCCAUGCAGGAGCAGUGGGCCGCCGAGCCGCCCCCGAGGAAACCCCUGGAGCACGUGGCGCUGCCCCCGGCGCCGCGCUCCAGCUCGACGUCCACCGUGCUGCACACAGCCUCCGCCGUGCAGAAGCGCUGUGAGUCAGAGCUGGCCGAGUUCCACACCAUGAGGAAACGGACGCAGAGCCUCGGGAACAACAAGCCCCCGUCCCAGCGGCCCUCCACCGUCUCCCCCACCACCGAGAUGCGGCGGCGGGGGCGGGCCACCACUCUGAACUCCAUCACCGACCUGCAGCAGAAGUUCAGAACGAUGACCUCGGAGCGCGGCGUCACAGCGGAGGUGAUGGGGGAUCCGCACGGUGCGCUCCCCGGAAACGAUGGCUUCAUUCAAUUCGCGAACUGCAACAGCGCCACCGCUGUGGCGGGGGCAGCGGUUGUCGGCAGUAACGCAUACCCCGCUCCCUUCAGCGCAGGCCAGUCACACACACUGGGUGUCUGCGCCCCCCAAGAGGUGAGGGCAUCAGAGGUCAAUCAGUGUGCCCUCUCCCCCCCCGCCAUGGAACAUGCCCCAGUGCGGGCAGAGAGCCGCGGAGCGACGCCCGACGUCAGGCUGUCGGGCUACAAAGCCAGGGCCACGAGCCUCCUCUUCAACCUCAGGGACAACAGGAAGAGCGUGAAGAGCACAUACAGCCCUCCUAAGUUCAUAGGUCUGGAGAACUGUGACAGGAACAAGCAGGUUAUCAAGAAGGACGGCAUGGAGCCCAGGGACACGGUUAUAGACAUACCCGAGUUCCAGGAUUCAGACCUUCCCCAGGUGGUGAUGCAGCAGGGACCCAGUGUGGACCCACACACCCCCUCACACCCUCCGUUAACAGGCUAUCAUAGUCCUGGGGUAACGGCAUUCAAUCCCCAUCUCCCCGCAGCGUACCAGGUCCAACGGAAGGACUACGUUUCCGGGGAUUACCUGAAGCCUCUCACACAAAGUGAGAUGUUUCAUCACGCUGGAGUCAAUAGUUACUCUCAGGACGAGCACACAAGCACUCCGCUCGCUCAUGGACAUGUUCAGCAGCAAGAAUGCGUCCCGUCAUUUGCUAACAAAAUGCAUGCAAACAAUAUGAGUAAGACCGCAACUUCAGUAGGCCACCAAUACCGACAGGAAAAAGACAAUCAAUCAGGCAUCUCUAAUACGAUAAGCAUGGCUGCCUCUCCCCAACCAGAUGCUAUUUACUCAGCAACAGAGGAGCCUAGAUUACAUGUUGAUUAUACAAAUCAAACAGCAUAUCAAAUGAAAACGGCAAGUGCUAAGCAGUAUUUGAAAGAAUCAACGCGGGGAGAUCUGACUCAUGUCGAUAGAUAUGAGCAAGUGAAAGACAACAAAUACGCUUUCAGUGACCUGUCCUCAACAGACAGCUGGACACACCAGUGUCAGGAAAAAGAGACUCCCUAUGUGAUGGACAAAUUGAACGUUCAAUUGCCAACAGAAGCCCCUCCCUUGACAGAAAAUGACCCAAAUGCACAAUUUUACCCAGAAAUGGAUAUGUUGACAGAUAUGUUACUUUUACCACCACCGGAAUAUGGAUCUAGCGAAGAUUGGAAUAUGAGUAGCACUAAAACGCAAGACAACUUGGAGUUUGAUGAGAGCAAAGCCGAGGGAUUCCCUGUUUAUCCACAAAAGGAUGGCUUGCAUCCUCCUUAUCACACAUCGGUGAACCCUUACCUUUCAAACCAGACAAACCAAGUGCAGCAAUAUACUGCAUGUAGUACUCAGUCUACACCUGGAGAUGCUGCAGCCAAUGAAAAACAGCCCAGUAGAACAUUACAGGAAUAUCGAGUUCACAAUCAGCAAGAUGGAAUAAAGGAAAUCCAGUCAACUGAAAAAUACCCUCAAAUUAGGGGUACAGAGCAAGAACACACAAAGCAAAAGUCAUAUGGUGCUGAUGGCCAUGACAACUACAUGUUCACGCAGGAAUCUUCUCAGAUACAAAAGGAUAUUGAAGUGCUUGAGACGACGAACAAACUCAGGGAUCCACAAGAUGCCGUAAAACAGCAGUGUGAGCUCAAUUUGAAGGAAAAAACAUUAACAGCUAACCAAAUGCAAAGUAUGGCCAAACCACAGUUUUCGAAAAAUCAAGAUCGAGAAAUACAACUUGUUGAUGUCAAAGAAAAAGCAAAGGGGAAAAUAAACGAAAAACAUAUUCAAACAGAGUUGUCUAAACAACUAGAAUGGGCUCAAACAUUGCAGACAAAAUUAGAAUCGUUCAGAGCAGGGUUGACCGAGGAGCUGGUAACACACAGAGCCACAGAAGGCCCAACAGAACCGACUACAGAACCAGUCUUGGUAGAGGGUCAGCCACAUGGAGAGGAAACCAUAACGGACAAGGUACACGUUGUGCAAAGUAAAGAUGUAAACAUUACAGAGCAAGAGGACAAGCAGGUCAGAGCACACCCAGCAGAAGUAGACCAGGGAAUGAAAUCACAACGAAACAAAGACGAUCGUUCAACGGCGGAGCUGAAAGAGAGGUCAACGGCUGAGGAGGACGAGGUUGAGGUAGCCCAAAAAGAAUGUAUUGAAACAAUAAGAAUCAGCCCCGAUGGAAAAGCAAAGGGAGAGGUGCUAGCUGGGAGAGAACCGGGAGCAGAACAAGCUAAAGAAGGGCAGGAACCAGCAGGGACAAUUCCAGCCGGAGUUCUCAAAAUGAAACAGUCGGAACAAGUUCAAACAGUCAGCGGGGCCCCAGUUGAACCUAUAAAAGCGCAGCUUAGCAAAACAGGAAUAGAAAAAGCAAAGCUGCCUAAAAUGGAUGAAACAAAAGCUGUCUACAUUAAAAUUGACGAUGACAUUAAUGUGAAAGGCAAGGAUGAGCUACUUAGAGCAGAGAAGAUCAAUGCAGAUCCACCUAAAGUGGAAAAGGUCAAAGAUCCAUUUAGAACAAAUCCGGCACCGGCAGAACACGCCAAAGUGAAAAUAGAGAAGGCCAAAGAAGAACCGAACAAAGUAGUGACAGCAGAGGAUGAGCCGCCCAGCACAGAGCAAGGCCGGGCGAGGAUGGAACAUGCAAAAAUAGAACAUGCAAAAGAAAAACGAGAACACGCAAAAGCACUAUCUGAGAAAAGGAUGGAGCAUUCUGUUGAAUCACUAUUGAUAAGAAAGGCAGAAAAGGAUAAGCUCAAACAGGAGCCAGGCCGGAUGGAGAAGGUUAAGACGGAGCUAGCCAAAGCCAGAGCUGAGUUAGCCGAAUUUAAGGAGAAAAUGAAAGAGGAGCAAAAAGUAAAACAGACCAAUGCCAUCGUGUCAAAGGAAGUCGACAAAAACAUUCUCCAGAAGGAAAAACACCCGCCCCCAUACCAACCAACCGAGGAGACACCUGUCAUAGUUCUGGUUGAUGAGUAUGAACGUGUGAGGGAGAAAUAUGGUUUCAGUGAAACAGCUUUAGCCAAUAAAAACCUGGCCAGUGCCAACGAUGUCGCCUCCCCAAGCCAGGACAUGGAAAUGUCACGACCGCAUAGUGCUAAAGGUGAAGAGGCAUCAGGUAUCAGCAAACCAAGGGAUGCAGAGAAUCCCCAGAUUGCCACUGAGGACGAGGCCAAGAGACCAAACGCUAAAGGCGAGGAAUUCAGGGAGAACCGAUAUGUUUACAGUGAAACCUCCAAAGAGUUUAAAUUAACAAGCCCAUAUGAUUCUUCUUCUUCACUUGUAACUCAACAAAUGGAUAGGGAAAUAGGUGUUGUUAAAAACACGAAGGACAAGGUGUUAAAUACCAAACCAGGGCCUGUGAGUGCCAACAUAGACGUUUCGCAGCCAGGAGGAUCCAACAUUAAUCCAACUAAAUCUCACAUGAACAUGAACACACAUGAGAGACAACUAAAUCCAAAUAAAUAUUCACAUUCAACUCCUUCACGGACUUUGAGCCAUAAAGAGAGGACCCAGACCAAGCAGGAAAUACUGACGUCUAAGAUAAAAGCUCAUGCUGAAAAGGAGAUUUCGGCGAUAAAGGAAAAGCAUUUCGCAAGUGGAAAGAGUGUACAGCAGAGGCUGCCAUCGCAAGAGGUCACUAAGCCGCUUGACAAAAAUAUCCCUCACAGCAUUGCACCAAGGGAAAAGCAUGCUACAGCACCAUUGAAAACCUCUAUCCCCGACAGUGAAACCACACCACCUGUAAUGCCCUCAAAUGCAACACAAAAGCAAGAACCUUUAAAACGUGUUCAAGACACUGUUGUACCGCAACCCAUGGCAUUAAAAGAAACAAAAAAUAUCAAUAACAGAAAUGAAGAAUUGAAGGCGAGAGAGAAGAAAUCUGCAACAAAGGCAACAUCUCAGAUCAAGGAGGAGAAUCCUAUCAGCCUUGGAAAAGAAGAAGUGAUGAAUGUAAACGUUAUCCAUCAGGCCGCCGAGGACGUCACCACACCUCAGAAGACCAAAGCACAUCCACCACCAUCAAAGCCGGAAGAAAGUCCUCAAAAUGAGACUCCUCAAAGCUCAGACGCAGCGAUAGGGGAAACACUACAACGUCCUGAAGGGGCACCGAUGGUAAAACUUGGGUUCGGUCAGGAUGAGGCCCCAGCCAAUGACGACAGUUUGCAGAUCAUGGGAAUAAUGGUUACUGUUAGAGCAAAAGCUGAAACAGUGGGCACUAACGAUGAAGAUGGAGGUGCUAUAAAGGAAGCCCGAGAGAAAGCAAAGAUUGAUUCUGAAAUUAAUGAUGACAUUAAACCGCCUGGCAUCCUGUGUCUGGAAACAACAAAAGAAAAUAUUGCACAAGAUGUUUCUAACGGUAGAGCAGAGGAGCAAAAACAAUUUGUACACGCAUCUCAGCCCACUGUCGGAAUGCAGUACACUAAAGUGGGUGCAAAGAACCACCCUGAAAAUGAACCAGGAGAAACAACAGAUCAUCUGGAAAACAAGAUGGCUGACCUCACUUAUAAAAGGCUGACUGCACAAAAAGAAAGCUCUUUAAUGAGAAAAACAUCGCACAGUCACGCUGUCCAUCGAGGAGACCCUGUGGCCGAUAAAGAGAAUUCCUCUACAAGUAUGAAACCUGCUCCUAAUAAACCAGGGAAAACUCAACCCAUCCUCUUCAAGCAGGGGAAAAUAACUGAAAAGGCAAAGAUCUACACAAAUAAAAAUAGCAGUGAGGUGAAAAGCAACGUCAAAGGUAAUGUUGAAGUGGGCAAUGAUCCCUCACUGGCAAAAGCAAUGGAAAUAGGGUUUGACUCCCAAACGUCUUCUUUGAAAAGUGACAUCAAGAGUUCCAAAAUGCAGAGCCACCCAGCAUCAGAAAAAUACAAAAUGGCCGAUCCUAUCCCUUUAACGAAAACUGACAAAGUACAAGAUGGAGGAACUGUGCCCCUCCUGGUAGACGAGAGAACACACCCAUCCCUACCGGAAGCAGAACCUCAGAACAAAAACAGCACCUCUCCUGAAUUAAAAGGACCCGAAAAUGUGCAUAUAUCUAUAGGUCAGCAAGGUGCAAGGACACCUAGUGAAGAGAAUCAUCAAGAAGAUGGAAAUGUGCACAUAGGCUGUAUUGCUGUUCGAGUAGUGCAAGGGGUAAUUGUACAAGACGACAAAGAGAAAGCAGGCAAGGAAGUAGUUGCAAUUCAAAGUCUUGCUGAAACAAUGAACACAGAAAGAAACAGGGACGGAGCCCUACCCUUAACACCAGCAAUCAAACCGUCUGCUGAAAACGUUGUCCACCAAGUCCAACACAUGGGAUCCACUAACCAGAGCCGCAAGGUCACCGACAGCAGUGAGGCAAAACGCGAUGAAGAUGAACAAUCUAAGAUGGCUUCAGCCAAAGCAGUGGGUGAAAGCAAUACCACGGUCCAGGCAACAAAGGAAGAGUAUUUCCAGUUUCAGGGGGUAACAGAAAGAAGCCAGGAACCAGAUGACGCUAUGCUAGACAGCACAGGUGUGCCAGGUUUGCCCAAGGAACACACAGAAGAAUUAAGUGAAACGAGAACGUCUACAAGUGGAGAUGUUACCGGUUUGCAAUCGGACAAAACUUCUGUGAAAACAGAACCGUCCUCGCAGCCGAAAGCAGAGCAAGUGACAAAUGAAGAUAAGGUUUUGGACAACACCAGCAAGACCACUAUGGAAUCUGAUUCAGCAGCCUCUGAAAAUAUGAGUCAAAGUGAUAAAAGUGGGCAAGAUACAAAGAACAGCCGUCUAUUCCCAGAGAGACAAAGCAAUCAAAGGUUACAUAAUACAGAGACCGGGCAGGACGUUCCGAUUUUAAAACAGGCCACGCAGAAUACAUUUCAUGCAUCAGGAAAGGAAAAGCAGAGUGUAAGGGAUUCUCAUUCAACCAGGAAUAAUAGAGUAAGUGCAUCCAAGGACCAGCCUUAUGACAAACAAGAAGCCAAAUCCAAACCUAGGGCCUCCACAAUACCAGAGAUUUCGGCUAUUGCGGACUACGCCAGAUUGAAAGUGAUCGCUGCAGAAGACGAGCCAGAUACAAUACAGGAAUUCCCUCCGAACAAAAAGGAAGGCUUUUUCCCCAUGAUACAGUCUCGACACAGCAGGCGCCCAGUCUUCACUGCAGAGACACCAGAGCGAAAGACGGUGAGUAAGAAGACAGUGUUGAGGGAGCCAGAACCAAGCCUCAAAGUGGAAAAGGAGCCCAAACAUCUAGUGUUUUCAACCAUGGAGCAAGACCACAAAAGGACUGGAAUGUUCAAACUGAGAGAAAAAGAAAAUGUGCUUUCAGAUGUCAAAACAAAAGACAAGGCAGAUGAUGAUAAAAUGCGUACACAAGAUCCUACAGGGACUCCCCAGGCAGGGUCUGAAGACUUCCAGUAUUGGUCACGGGACACGGCCAAACCUGCAGGUCCAACGUUGAGUUCCUCUGCCAAUAUCAACCAAACAAAUACAUCUUUAUCACAGCACUCGGCUCAGCCUGACAACUCCACCACGACCGAAAGACCCCAAGGUGGUGAGGUAUUUACUGAACCAAGGACAGGGCCACAGGUGGAUCACAAUUCACAUCAACAAGCCAUGUUUGGGAAAAUGUUCAACAAAGGCAAGAACAGAGGGGACAGAAGCAAUGCAAUAGUGAGCGAGGCAAAAUCCAAAGAGAAUGAGGAGGCAAUGGCAGCCAAACAGAGACAGGAAAAUAAAAUCAUUCAACAGAUUAACGAGGAGAGGAGAGCUACUCUGGAGACCCAGAAAAGAGAAGCGAGGAGAGCCAGAGAGAGAGAGGCCAGAGCUGCUAGGAUCGAGGAGGAUAGGAGGGAAACCCAGAGAGAAGCAGAAAGAAUGGCAGAGGAGGAAAGGAGGGAGACCCAGAGAGAAGCAGAAAGAAUGGCAGAGGAGGAAAGGAGGGAGACCCAGAGAGAAGCAGAAAGAAUGGCAGAGGAGGAAAGGAGGGAGACCCAGAGAGAAGCAGAAAGAAUGGCAGAGGAGGAAAGGAGGGAGACCCAGAGAGAAGCAGAAAGAGUAGCAGAGGAGGAAAGGAGGGAGACCCAGAGAGAAGCAGAUAGAGUAGCAGACGAAGAAAGGAUGGCACAGCUGCUCAAAGAGAAAGCUGCUCAGGAGGAGAUGGAGAAGAAAAGAGAGGAGGAGACUAGAGUGGUUGAGGAGGAGGGGAGGAAGAAAAGGAGAGAAGAAGAAAGGAGGAAGAAGGAGACGGAAGAGAGGAUCGCCGCCCAGAUCCAGGAGGAGAUGAGGAGGGCCAAACAGCGGGAGGAGGAGAGACGCGCGCUUGAGGAAGAGGCACGAGUAGCAAAGGAGGUGGAGGACAAGAGGAGGGACAGGCGGCGAGAGGAGGACAGAAGAGUGGCUCAGAUACAGGAGGAGCGGAGGGCCUCUCAGGUAGAGGAGCAGAGGAGAGAGAGGGAGGAGCAGAGGAGAGAGAGGGAGGAGCAGAGGAGAGAGAGGGAGGAGGAGAGGAGAGAGAGGGAGGAGGAGAUGGCCCGAGCAGAGGAAGAGAGGAGGGCGAAACACCGAGAGAUAGAACAGAGGAUAAAGGAGCACGAGGAAAGGAGAGCUGCCAAGCUGGAGGAGGACAGAAUGAACAGAAAGCAAGAAGAGGCUCACAGGCAGCAGGAAAGACGAGGAGAAACCAGAGAGGAGGGAGAGCUGCCUGCUCCGAUGGAGGAGCGGGAGGGACAACAGGUGGGGACGGAGGGAGCACCACCUUCUCCACGGAUGGAGGCGAGGAGAGCAGCUCCGUUGAUGGACGCUCUGCAGUACUACGCCAUCAGCUCCUCGGCAAACUCCAAGGAGAAACAACCGCUCUCCCCCGUGUCCCCCCGGAGACGAGGGGAGCCCACCAAGCAGGGGUCCACCCCGGACGAGUCUCUCAGUAGUCCUCCAGCCCCGUCCUCUCCGGCUCCGGUUCCCCCCCGCUCCACGGCCUCGUCCCCCGCCCCGGGACCCAAGCCCACCAUGUUCAGGGUGAAGGACAACACCCUGAGGGCGUCCUCGCUGACCAAGUCGGUCAAGCCGCGCCUGCACAAGAGCUUCGGCGAGGACUUCAGGGUGGGCUCCCCGCUGGCCGAGCGCAGGGGGCCGGACAGAGCCGAGGAGGAGCGGGACGGAGCGAGACGCAGCGCUGGAACCCCCGUCCACCAAGACACCGUCAGCAGGUCCUACAGACCGCCCAGUGUGAAGGAGUCAAUGGCGCCGCCGUCGGAGCCGGAGCCCCGCGCCGCUCGGGCAGAUCACCGGCCCUACUCCCGGAGGAGCACGGCCCCGGACGAGGACGACUCUCGCUCCUGCGUCAGUAACGUGUCCGAGGACGUGGAGAGCUUCGCCACCAGUGUGGGGGACAUGUCUGAUUUCAGGGGCUUCUGCGACUACGACAGGCCCGAGUCGGCGUGCAGCUUCAGCAGCGACGUGUCCCGCUCCCUGGGGAAGCCUCCGUCUGUGCCGCCCAAGAGCGACAAGGCGCUGAGGCGGGCGCUACGGCUCACCACGCGCAGGAUGAAGAAGGGCUUGAUGAAGACGCCUGAGGAGGCCCCGGCCCCAGAGGAGGACCCCCUCCGCUCAGCCCGUAGUUCCUCCUCCAGCGCCAGUGAGCUCCGGUCCUCCUACCACCACGCCCGGGCUUCUCCUCACUUCUCUGCUCCUUUCUCCCUCCCCCACGCCCCGCCACCGGCCUCUAGCACGCCCUCCUCCUACGCCGAAACGCCCGCCGCUUACCGCUACUCCCACGCCUCGCCGCACGCCACUGGCUCCAUCAGCACCCCUCACGCCGCUGGCUCCAUCAGCACCCCUCACGCCGCUGGCUCCAACAGCACCCCUCACGCCGCUGGCUCCAUCAGCACCCCUCACGCCGCUGGCUCCAUCAGCACCCCUCACGCCGCUGGCCCCGUCCACUCCCCUCACGCUACCCUCCCUGUCUCCACCCCAUUCGCCUCCGCUCACACCAGCGCCGCCACCCCGCAUGUCAGCGCCCCUGCGUACCCCCCAGUGGCCUCCCCUCGCCGCGCCCCCGCCGCCCCUCCCCCCGUGGCCCCUAAACCCAUGGCUAGUACCCCCUCUUCCCCUGUUCUCCGCAGGCGCGCGGUGGUGACCCCGGUGAGGCAGUACCACGUGGAGCCCGGCUACGCCCCGUCCUACCCGCUCACCCAGCCCAAGGUGCUGCAGGACCCGGGCUCCGGCCAGUACUACGUGGUGGAGAUGCCCGUCGAGGUCCAGACCAAGACCUUCUUCGACCCCGAGACGGGCAAGUACGUCCAGCUGAACGUGCGUCAGUCGGCCCGGGGGGGCUUCCAGGCCCCGGCCCAGCACGCGGCCUAUCAGCAGCCUCGGAUCGCCCAGCCGCAGAUGCACGUCCAGGCGCUGCCGCAGGCGUACCCCCAGGUGGCCACGCCCGGGAAGUCCUUUGUGGUGUACCCGGGGUACCCCCCGGGGCGGCAGGCCGUGCCCGUGUCCACGCUGCCCCCCCAGAGGUCGUACUCGGGGAUGUCUCUCCCUGAGACCCUGCCCCCCCCGGGGCAGUCCGCCAGGGGGGGGCAGAACGAUAGCUACCAUGGGUACAACGCGGAGGAAACUCCUUAUAUGGACACGGCCUAUGAGACGGACACGAUAUGUGACACAAACAAAGUCCACCGUGGGGGCUACGAGAAGCAACCCGAGACGCGCACAGACAGCCGUCUCCAGGGGGGGUCCGUCAGCUACGAGAACGAUACGAUACCGGCCCGGUCCAGCCAAGAACAGCGUGACAUCAUAGCCAUGAGUGAGCUGGAGGACUUCAUGGAUGUGUCUGAUUGGUGAGAGGAGGCAAUAGACAGGCUAGGUUGCGGGGGGGUUAACUUUGUUUAAAGGAGAAAGAGUUAUUAAAAUAUAUAAAACAUAAAGUAUUUUUCAAAUAGAGUAGUAUACACAGCACCUUCACCACGGCUGAACAAAUAUAAAGAUAUAUGCUAAAAUAUUUAAGAGUAAGUAAAACACAUACGAGUAUGUAUUUUGAAUAAAUAUUUGAUUUGUCAUAUGGUUUUAUAUGUGACAUCUGUAGUUGCAAAGGGCCUCUUUGAUUGUUUCUCUUUUACUUUGAAUGAAAGGUCCCGUAAACCGUCAAACUGCUGCUGUUAUACAGUUUGGAUGGCUAAAGUGUAUAAAUUGUGUUACAGAAAUGUUUACCAUUCCAUUUGAUUUCUUUUUUUUGUGUUUGUGUUCCACUUGAGACACUCAGCAUUUCUCUCAUACAUACGAACACGGUGUGUCGACGCCCCCGAGAACAAGUCUGUCGUGAAACCACCGCGGACAAAUGGGAUGUAAUCUGUGUACAGUGUUCACUCAGAAGGAUAGUCACGGGCACAGCGCUCCUAGACCCUGACCGGGGCUUUAAUGACCUGCUCCUGUAGGUACAUGUGCUCCGUCAUCGCCGACCGUCUGAUCUGGUGUCACGUUCAGAUGCAGGCGUUGUGCUGAACGCCUUGUGAAACCAUCGCAGACGCGCAGAGGCGCCGGAUGGUUUGCUUCUUCAGUCGAGACGACACGGUGAUGAAAGGAGUUAAUCAAGGCUGUUUUAAUGUUUCAUUUCACAAAGAUAUUGUCUGUUUCUCAAGCGGGAGUCGUCUGAGGUGCUUCGGCCGUGCGGUGGAACAGUGUAGAUUGACGUUUGUAGGCAAAACAAUUAAGCCCCCCCCCCCUUUUCAGCAAAUGCUGUAUGUGCACCUUAAAAAUAAAGGUUAAAAAUAAACAAAAUACUUUAAAAGAUUAA